CUUCACUGCGGGCGCCGGCGCGGAGGCGGUCAUUGACGAUCGGAAGAUUGACGACCUGCUCAGCUUUAUCAACGGUGGUGAUGAGAAUGAGGAAGGAGGUGGUGGCAAUAAGAAGCGAAAGAGCAAGGCCAAGAAGAAGACCAAGCAGUCGAAGAAGCAGAAGAACAAGGAGGACAGUGCUGGUAACGGUAAUGGCAGCAAAAAGAAUGGCCAAACCUCGCUGGAGAAGACGAAACCUCCAAAGCAGAAACCAACGCCCUCGAUUUCCAAAGUGGAUGAUGAAGAGGAACUGGAAGAGGAGCUGGAAGAUGAAGAAGAGGAGGAGGAGGAAGUUGUGGAGCUGCUGAGCAGCGUCGAGGUGAAGCAGGAAAAGGAAGAGGUGAGGAAGGAGGAAAGGGCUAAACCUUCGCCAAAAGUAAACGGCCACGCAAAGACCACUGCCGCCGCCCACAAACCGCUGCCGCCAAAGUCGACCUUUAGUUCUGACAAAGCAAAGACAAAGGCAAAGACCAAAACAAGCGUUCCCAUCAGCCGCACUGCCACACCUCCACCUCCUCCUCCGACCAAAGCAGUCAUCAGCAAUGGGGCUCAGACGAAUGGCCUUGAUGAUGAUAUUAGUAACGAUAAUGAGGAGGACGAAGAAGACGAAGGAGAUGAUGAUCUCGAAGAGGAAAAGGAGGAGGCUCACAACAGUGAAGAGGAGGAGUUCUCUGACGAGGAGAACAACAAGCAUUUGGCCUCGGAGGAGAGCAGCGGCAGUUCUGAUGAGCAGCAGGAGCAGAUCGAGCUGAACAUCUCCAAUCCAGAGGAGGUCUUCAUGCCGACGGACAUUGACCUGGACAGCGAGGAUAUUGACGACUUUGAGAAGGACCUGGAGCGCUUCAAGAGAUUCUGCUACGACACCAUCUGCGGCUACACGCUGGACUCUUGCAAGCUGAAACUGGCCAUCAACGUCAAGGAGAUCUUCAGUAGAGGAGCGGCGGCGACGAAGCCGUCGACCACUACGCACAACUCCAACAACGCCUGUUUCGCCGCCUCAUCGGUUGGAGGAGCACCUCAGUAA